GGGUUUCCGGUUCCGCCCCUUCCCGGAAGCGGCGCGCGGGGCUCGCGGCUGUGAGGCGAGGCGCGGCGCGGCGGCCUCUCCGCCGGCAUGGCCCGGAACACGCUCUCCUCGCGCUUCCGCCGCCUGGACAUCGACGAGUACGACGAGAACAAGUUCGUGGAGGAGCCGGACGAGGCGGCGGCGGCGGCCGAGCCGGACCCGGCUCCCGAGGUGGAGGCGCUGCUGAGGCAAGGUGAUAUGCUCCAAGCUUUCCACACAGCUUUAAGGAAUUCUCCUUUGAACACGAAGAACCAAGCAAUAAAGGAACGGGCCCAGGGAGUGGUGCUUAAGGUCCUCACAUCUUUUAAAAGCAGUGAGAUAGAACAGGCAGUAAACUCGUUAGACAGAAAUGGUAUUGACUUGUUAAUGAAAUACGUUUAUAAAGGAUUUGAAAAGCCAACAGAAAAUAGCAGUGCAAUAUUACUUCAAUGGCAUGAAAAGGCACUAGCGGUAGGUGGACUAGGUUCCAUAGUAAGAGUUCUUACAGCAAGAAAGACUAUUUAAAAGACUUAACUUGAACCAAGAUGAACAGUUUUGGAAUCAGAAGAAAGAAUUAGCUGAAGUGACGCUGGUCCAUCUUUCUAGACAUUGCAAUCUACUGAAAUACUUUGGAAACCUCUGGAAUACUUCUAAUUCUAAAGGUUGGGGGAAAAGGGUAAAUAUUACUGUGCUUUCUGACUAUCAAAUACAGAAGCUGAGACAUUAAUCCCUUGUUUAAAGGUAAAGCAGAAGGCAGAAAUUCUGCUCCAUUACGGUAAGGGGAGAGGUCAUUAAGAGCCUGUGUGUAUUGCUUAUUUAAAAGAAGAGGUGCUAUGGCUUCAGUAGACACAGAAUUCUGACUUGUUUCUGGGUGGGGGAAAUGUUUAUUUGAAAGGGGAUUUUGUACAUACAAUCAAAGGACUAGCUGGACUACUGGUUUGUAAAGUGCCUGCUGCAUCAAUAAAGCUCUUGAAUUGUAAGAGUCAAACUGCCCUUGCUUCAAAGGCAAAUUAGUAUUGAAAUAUUCCUGGUGUAGGAUCCCCACCUCCACAUAGCAGCAUGCUCUUGUUUACACAUACACCACCUUGACUGACAUGCUUUAAACUAGAGCACCUUUUCCUAAAUGGACUGAAUGAGCACCUAUAACUGCACCUUGGCCUCACUCUGUGUUUACUUGAAUGUUUUCUUUCUAGCCCUGAUGUAAUUUGUAUGUAUAAACAGAGGAUUAAGUUAAGUGCCAAAUAUAAUAUAUGGUGUAUUAAGGUGUCUGAGGGUUUAGUUUCUCCUCAUGCCAGCUGAGCAAGGAACUACUUCAAAGCUUCAUGUAUAACUAAUGCUGUUAUGGAAAAUGUGUCCUUGCAUUUAAGUAUGGUGAGUGCUUGCUUGUCUUCUGAAUCAGAGCUCUCUGUUCAUCUGUAAGCAGAAGUAUAUUCACUCCCUUUGAAGUGGACUUUUUCUGAGUAGAGUCCUGCUAAUAAACUAACAGCACAUCUUUAAUGUA